CGUCCGUUAAACUUCUUUUUGUUUUAUUUUUAUUUAUUUAUUUUUCUUUUUAGCAUUUAUUAUCAAACUUCAAGGUGUCAAAAUUCUUGAGCUUCAAGCAUUGGAAACAUCGCAGAAAACGAAGCGAGAAAGAGAAAAAAAAACUGUGUUAUCUCUUCACCACCUUAUCUCUACUGACCAUGGAAAAUGCUCAUGGUUCUAUGAGCAACAAGCUUAAUGGAAGCCCUGAUGAGGGAAUAUUUCAAAUGAAUGAAGAGGUGGAGGUGAGGUGUGUAGAGGAGGGGUUUCUAGGAUCAUGGCACCCUGGGAUAGUUCUCAAGUGUGGGAAAGUGAAGUGCUUUGUGAGAUACAAGAAUGUUCUAAAAAGCGACGGUUCGGAAUAUCUUGUGACUGCAGUGAGGGUUUCAAAAGCAUCGGAAUCUUCAAAGUAUAGCAUGCGCGGUUUCAUUCGGCCACCGCCACCUCUGAUUCAGUUUGGGAGAUUUAACCUUAACUAUGGUUUGUGCGUGGAUGUAAACUGUCAGGGAGCUUGGUGGGAAGGAGUGAUAUUUGAUCACUGCGAUGGAAUGCUGAGAAGGAGCGUGUUUUUUCCAGAUUUGGGUGAUGAAAUGCUGAUUGAAAUUCAUCAAAUGCGGAUUACUCAGGACUGGAAUGAAGUUACACGACAAUGGAAACUACGAAGAAACUGGGUGUUUCUGGAAUUGCUGGAGGAGUACCAGGAUGGGGCAUUUAGUGUUUCAGCAAAACAAAUAUGGUAUGAUAUACUGGUAAAACUGAGAUUUGGAAUGAGGGGAGAGUGGGCAUAUAAUGAGAAAGAAUUGUACAGAGAAGCUGUGAGAAUGAUAAUUUGUGAGUACUCAAGACUCAGAGUGAACAAUGUUUUCUCAGUUUUAGACUUUCCACCAGAACAGGAAUCGGUUGAACCAAUGGCUAGUAUUGACUUGAACAUGGCCUUGUCUGAGAGAGAUAAUUUUGUGCAGAAAGAAGCUGGUCCUCGUGUUCGAGAGCUUUUACCUGAGUUUGAAAUAGAAAUUGACCUUGAAGGUGCUCCUGAAGUAGUGUCUGGUGAGAGAUGUGAAAGCUCAAGGGAUUCAAAGGGCAAAAUAUCUAUGAGUCAAAGCAGUGGAAUGCCUCCACAAAGAUCAACAAAGGUGUCUGCUCCUAGUCUUUUACCUCCGGAUAAACCUCUAACUAUUUUGUCUUGGUUGAUCGACAACAAAAUGGUGUUUCCAAGAUCUACCGUGUAUUAUUACAACGAAAAAGCUUGGCACCAUGCAACUUCUAGUUGGACUAGAGGGAAAGCAACUCGCAGUGGAAUCAAGUGUCACUGUUGUGACAUAGUUUACAGCUUUGCUGGGUUUGAGCAUCAUGCCAGUGGAAUCAGUACCUGCACACCAUCUGCUUGUAUUUUUUUGAGAGAUGGUAAAUCACUCUUAGAAUGCCAAACGGAAAUAAUGCAAAAUCGGCUGACAAGAGAAACUAACGAAAACCCAAGCAUUAAUUUCCCUCUGGACGAGAAUGACUUGAUUUGUUCCCUUUGCCUCUAUGGUGGUGAACUUAUCUUAUGUGAUCAGUGUCCAUCUUCAUUUCACAUGACGUGUCUUGGGUUGGAGCAUAUCCCUGAUGGUCAAUGGCUUUGCCCACAAUGUCGUUGCGGUAUUUGUUGCCAAAGCAAACUGGAUGAAGAUGAGGAUGGCCAUGCUGCACUUACUUGUGUACAGUGUGAACAUAAAUAUCAUGUUAGGUGCCUGGAAAAUGGAGGCAUAGAUUUAUCAAGAUGUUCAGAAAACUGGUUCUGUGGAAAAAGCUGCGAAAAGAUACACGAGGGCCUUCAUGGGCUAUUAGGAAAGGCAGUUCCAGUGGGUGUGGACAAUCUGACAUGGACACUGGUGAAGUUUAUUGAGCCUGAGUGUGAUGAUGUUGUUAGAAUUAGAGAUGAUAGCAUAGUAGCAGAAAGUUACAGCAAACUCAAUCUUGCCCUUUCGGUCAUGCAUGAAUGUUUUGAGUCCCUAGAGCAAAGUUUAUCUAGCAGAGAUAUCAUUGAAGAUGUUAUAUUUGGCAGAAGGUCAGAGCUAAGGCGAUUAAAUUUCCAGGGUUUCUAUACUGUACUACUUGCGAGAAAUGAAGAAGUGGUUUCUGUGGCUACUGUUAGGGUCCACGGGAAUAAGGUGGCAGAAGUACCUUUUGUUGGUACAAGAUUACACUACCGUCAACAUGGAUUUUGUCGCAUUCUGAUGAGUGGUCUUGAACAGUUGCUGAUGCAGUUAGGUGUGGGGAGGCUUGUUUUACCUGCUGUUCCUAGUACGCUAAGGACAUGGAUGGACUCUUUUGGUUUUGAAAAGAUGAAUCUUUUUGAGAGGUCUAAAUUUCUGGACAACACCUUCUUAAAUUUUGAGGGUAGCAUCAUGUGCCAUAAGCUGUUGACCAGGAUUCCACCUCCAUAUUCUGGCUUGUUAAUACCUAAUUUUGAGGAGUCACAGCCCAGAUCUCAUGGUUUACCUCAUAACACUGUUGACCUCAAUCGCUCUAUUUCAGUAUCAGAAGGAGGGAUGGUGUAUCAGCAAACGGGAAAUACUGGUGCAGGCAACAACAAUGGCAACAACAAUGAUUGUGUCACUUGUGCUACUUUUCCAAUCGACAUGGAGAAAGGAUCUGCUAGUGAUCAACAGUAUCUUAAUGGAAGCAGCUCACAGUUGGAUCAUGAAAAUGAAGGUGACGAAUACAACAGUGAGUAUAGUCGAAAGAAAGUAAGGUUUCUGCAUAAGGGGAGCUUCUGAUGUUCAUGCAUGGUUUCACAACUGCAAAACUAACUUUCAUGAAUUUAUAAACUCAGAAAUGGUAGAUUUCAAUGAGUUUACAUCAAAUGUGAUGGAGCUACAUUCAAACUUUUUCUGCCUGUGAAUCUGGUUCAUUCUGGAAUGCUUUUUUAAUUUCUUUUGGUUUUGGAUUAUGUUGAAGUUGACAUGGGUUUUGUUGUUGCGUUCGUAUUAUGCAACUUUUUUUAAUGCUAAAAACUUAAAUUAGUACUCCUUUUGCAUGUUA